AUGUCUCGAAUCGAAUACGUUAUUUGUUCGUCGCCGGAGUUCCUUGUUCUGGCACUAUCACAACACCGACCCAAUGUCUUGAGGCCCUGCUGGAGGGGGGAGGCGCAGCGCUACAUGGAAGCAAUCCUUCCGCCUACGGCAAGGCAAGGCAAGAUUGACGAGGGUUGGGGCGAUUCCUCAAAUGACUUGGCUCGUGUCAGCCCCCUCGGACGAGACUAUGACAAGACAAUCCAAGCCCAAGCGGAGCAGGCCAGCCCGCGUGAAGCAAUCUACAUGGGCCCUAGUCUAUAG